CAAAUAAUGUCAACAAGUUUUAUUGUGAAAAUGGCGACUACCGGAGUUGGUUUUCGGUGGUUAGAUAUAUUAGAAAAGGAAUUUGAUAAAGCAUGUGUCGAAUUAGACACGUCUCUGUCGGAAUUAGAAACUGAAGAACCAGAGGUGGUAUUCUCAGCCCGCCAGAAGAUUGCUACACUGAGCUCAUGCUUUGCACAACUGACACACAAGGCCCUUACUAUAUUUCAGAACAGUGCAAAACUAGAGGCGGAACUCGUGGAUAUGAGAGCUGAAUUGGUGCAAGCACGCGCGACGACCGCCGGCAGAUGCCAGGAUGGCGGCGACGCCGCUGGCAACGUGCCGGAGGCUGCACGUGCCCGAUCGGAGGCGAACCAACUAGCGCGGGAAAAUGCCGCGCUGCGUGAGACUGUACUUGCAUUACAUUCCGAACUAUUUGGUGCUAGACUGGCUACGAAAUAUUUGGAUAAGGAAUUAGCAGGAAGAAUUCAGCAGUUACAAUUGCUUGGGAGGGACAUGCGUGCUGAACUUAGAGAUUCAUUAUGGGCUCAGGUGGAAGCGGAGAUCCUGCUGCAGCGUCACAAGACGUUGGUGCGCGUGUGCCGCGGCGUGUCGCCCCGGCCGGCGCGGCCGCCGCCACCUGCGCUCGCUUCUAACACCGCGCACGCAGCGCAUGCGCACCGCGCACGCCCGCGCACAGUGCGCGUGCGUCGCUCUCCGCACCUCGGACUCGGUAUUUCUGUUACAGGCGGCCGCGAGCACGGCGUGCCGAUCCUAAUCUCGGAACUGGAGGCGGGCGGGCCAGCCGCGCUCACCGGAGAGCUGUACGUCGGCGACGCCAUCCUCGCCAUCAACGACCUCGACCUCACGCAGGCGUGUCACAAAGAAGCAGUGCAGGCAUUACAGAGUGUGAAGGGUGACUGCGCGCUUUGCGUUCAAUUUAUAGCGACUGAUGACGACGAUAGGCUAUCAGAAGAUAACUACAGAUUUCCACUGUACCCCGAAGACGGAGAGGUGUUCGGGGGAGAACAGGACGGCUCGGGCGCCACACCCACUGCGCCGCGAACACCUGACUACACCAGGUAUACCUACAGGCCGGAGUCAGAGGCGGGGUCCAGAUCAAGAUCGGGGUCGGGAUCGAGGUCGGGCAGCGCUUGCUCGUCGCCGCAGUAUCGGCCGCCGGUCGCCUACCCUGACUACAACUCCAUCAACAAUAAUCUAUCCAUACUCGACAUGGACGAUGACUCCAUCAAGAUCGAAGCGCGCCUCGAGCCAGAUACAUACCAGGUUCCACGGGUGCGGUCGGCCCGCUCCACGCCGGUACACGUGCGGCGCCCCCGCCCGCAGCACCACACGCCUCAGGACUGGCGUACGAAAGGCACGUACCAGGCGUUACAAACGGAGGCCUCGGUGGCGGAGCCCCCGCCUGCUGCCGCCGUCCCUGCCGCCUCCGUUGUCCCCGCUGCUUCCGCCGCCCCCACCGCCACAGCCCCUGACGCCCCAGCGGCCAUCAGCAGAACUACUGCCGCCCCCAGUGACACUACCACCAUCUCAGAUGGCAUGCCGGAGUCGUCACCGGCGGUCGAGCAGGCGCCGCCGCCAGCCGUCGAGGCGGAUGCUAAGCUGACCAAACACAACGGCGACGCCAGGCCCCUCAGGAGAGAGAGCAAAGGCUUCAGAAUAGGCUCAGCGCGAAGAGUGAUGGACAGUGUGUUGACGAACGGGGACGCGGAGCGCGCCAAGUUCCCGGCGCGGCUGCUCGCUGGCGACGGAGACCCUGACUUUGGCACCCCCGUCUGAACUCUCCCCCCCCCCCCCUGGACCAGCCCUCCACGCCCUCCCGUUUUGUAUCCUUUGCUCUCUUUGCCCUUCUCGCCCCGCUCAUUUCCACUCUCAAUGAGCAUAUCCACAACCUUCCUUAGAUAUGAAGUCACUAGCGCCAGAUAAGCUCCGUCACAUUACUUCUUCGCUACAAGUACUGCCGCUUGAACGCUCAUCAUGAAGAAUGAAUAAAAAGCAGGUGGGAUAAAACCACACUGGCCACUAUUCAGCAAACUAAGUUUUAUUUAGAGAUUUUUUUAAAUAAAAAUUAAUUCUUAGUACAGCUAGCUAUCUAUAAAUUAUAGUUACGAUUAUCAUCGCAGUAAGAAAUUUCCCUAUUACAUUAUGAUUAUUUUAUUAUAAAUCUUACAUAAACAGUGGAAGCCUAUAACGCGAGCAUCACAAUAGUUUCUAAGUAUGACACAAAUAUACAGUUCGUAUAUUGGGUAUUUUAAGUAACGUUCCACCUACUCAUAAUGUUCGUGUCUGUAGUGAAUAUUCUUUUAUAGAUUAGGUGGGUGUUCCUUAUUUCUGCCUCAUAUAAUAAGGUCACUGGUAUGAUACAGAUAUAGAAUUCGGUGAUCGAUUUAUCUUACGUAAUAUAAUAAUACCGAGUGUAUUUUUUUUUUAUUUGAUUUUAAUUUCAAUUCAAAUUAGUUGCCCAUGUGACGUUUGUUCUGGACUCGGCUAUGAAAUACACUUUAAAUUCUAUAUAACGAAUUACGACAUAAUGAACAUUUGUCCAAAAUAUGUGUCUGUCUGUCUAAUCUGUCUACAUAAAAUUUAGUUUUUACCUAUUAUCUACGUAUAUUGACACCAUGAACGGUAACUCGCACGUCAAGUAUUGACAUAAUAUGUACAUAUUUUAAAACUUUGUCAAAAAUUUGCCAAAGCAAGAAUUAUAAAUGAAAAAUAAAAGCAACACCUGUAUGUUCUCUUGUUUGUUGUUUAGCCUAAGACGUGUUUACUUUGAGUAUUAUCAUCCUUCACGACUUAACAAAAUUAGUCCAUCUAUAUGAAUGCUCCGUCCCUUCAAUUUCGUUAUAUAGAGUUUACACUGUAAUAUAAAGCUAACUUUAGUUUUUAAAUAAAAACAUACCUAUUCCUAUGUUUUAAGGUUCUAAAUGUAGCGUGUAGUACUAAAAUAUGUAGUGCCGCUGUUACGGGUCUUGCUUCACGCGUCUAUCGAUUCUGAGAAUUUUUAUUUUCAAUAAUGAGAUUUUAGUUAUUUUUGUUUAUGCUUAAAAAUAUCGUGUAAAGUUUAGAAAAUUGAAAUAUUGUUUUUAGUCUUUGAUCUCGAAAAUUUGUCCAUGGUAAUUAAUAUGUAAAUUAAUUAAUAUAAAUUAAUAUAAAAGAUGAUGAUAUAUUUGAAAUUAAAUCAUACGUUUGUACAGAUCUAUCUAUACUGAGAUUAGUGGUAGCACAUCCUUAAAAGUGACAGAUACACAUCUCAUAUAAAGUAUGCUUUUGCUAAUAAUGAGUAGGAUCGUUUAUAAAAUUGGUAGUAUUUCCUCAUUAAACGCAUUCUUUGGUGAUCGCAGACAUAGAUGACGAUAGAUGAAGUAAAUACACCUAUUUAUACAAUAAGUAAUUCAAUCCUUAUUAAACGUCUUACUGUGAUAUUACAUAAAGCUAUAUAUUGAUUCGAACGAACCUGAACUCUUUCCACCAAUCAUCCGUAAUGCUCUUUCUGUCCAUACUUUGAACUUAGGAACUAUGAAUCAUUUUCAUUGAAAAAUUUGCUUUGCACCUGUAGGCUUUUCUGAGCCUAAAACUAAUACAAAAUAUACAUAGAGUUACGACAUCUAUUUAAAUCAAUGUCUGUGUUGGUGAUAAUAAGAGAAUGUGUAUCAGUUCAAUUCAAGUUGGCUGUAAACGAGUGAGUCUUGUUCUUGCAUACCGCGCCAAUUGUAAUCAAUAAUAUUGAAAUAAUGUUGGCCUAACAUACUGGUUACUGCGAAGGGAGCUCUGUUGUAAUAUUACAAUUUUAUUUAGUAUUUUUUUUUUCGCAAUAUAAUGUAGAAUAUAAAAUAAAUCUAAGAGUGCUUAUUCACCAAGAGUACUAUAUUAAUGAAUUCGGUAAGAAAGAACAUAUUUCUGUAAUAUGUUACAUGUACUAAUAAAUAUAGGUACUCCCGGUCAAUACGCACCCUUAUUGUAAUUCCGAAUAUAAAAUUUAAUUAAUAAUUUUUGUUAUAUAUUUUUUUACGUUAUUGUUAAUUAUUUUCAUAACAUUAUAGUGUAUAAAGUAGUUUAUAUAAUUAUUAUAGAAUUAUUCGUAUUAUUUUUUUUAAUGUACUUGUAUAAUAACUAUGUAUUGAGUAAACGAAAAUAUUAACUACAUACCGGUAUAUUGAUAAUCAUUCUUUACGAUAGUCUAAUUUUAUGUUUAUUUGUUUAUGGCUUUUUAAAUAUCUCGGACCCUCCAUAUAUUGUAGCCAAAACUAGUUAUAUGUACGAGUAUAAUCAAAUAGAACUAUUGUCCAAUAAAAAUAGUACAUGGAGAUAGUACAUCGCAUUUUCUACAUUUAUCAAACAUUAUUUCUGGUUUGAUUAAUAAAAACAGUCGCAAUUACUCGAUCAUGUUCUAAACUGAAGGUCUGAUAUCAAUAAAAUUAGUUAUGAACUUUAGAUAUUUUUUAAUUUAAUGAAUGUUGGAAGUAUUUGUCAAAAUUAUCAAACUAAUACUUUUGGUCAUGAUCAUAAAUUUAUUUAUAGCUCGUAUAUCUUAAUAUAUAAACAUUCCCUGUCACAAUGUUCUUUCACGCUAAUCUCCGCAACUAGUCGACGGCUUGUUAAAAUAAAUUAUAAAUUUUAUAUUUACAAACUUACCUUGCAUUAAGAUAUUUUCUGAAAAGUAGUUUGUAUCUAUCUAAUUAUUUCAAUGUUACAGGGUAUUUUUGUGGAAAAUUUACGUAUAUUUGUUUGUCAUCCAGUCUAAGUAAUACUUCUAUGUAUCUAUCGGCCUUCAUAUCAAGUAGUUCGUGUGUGGUAAAUCUAAUGACACAGGCUAUUUACACACACGGAUAUGUCAUAUAAAUAACACUGAAAAUAUAUGCUUAUAUAAUUUGAUAUAUAUAUAUAUUCUUAAUUGAUAAUCACUGCAGAUACACUGUACCAGUAUAAAUGGACUGUGUUUAUAUUCAGUCACUGUUGUACUUGUUGCCAAAUGGCGGAAUUCAUACAAACUACCGCAAAUUGUAGUAAUAUGUUAGGCGCGGCGUUAAUUGAAACUACGAUAAUAAUAUUAAAUACAUAUCACAGGCUUACGACAACGUAACACCUAACAAAUGUAAUGCUUUGGAUACCUGCCAGUAAUAUUUUCGCACAUCACUAACAAGACAACAUCCAAACAUUCAUUGCUUAUACAAAUAGAAUUAAGAAAUUAUUUACAUUGACCCUGAAUAUGUAAUUUCAAUUACAGAGUUUACGCCUUUAGAUAUAAGGCGUAAUAGAACCGAGUGACUGAACUGUACAAAACUCAGAGAUCAAGAAACUGAUCAGCUGUUCUUAAAGAGUAUUGUAGGUAAAAGAAUUAAUUUUUUUUUUAUUUUAUCAUAAAACCUAUUUGCGUCGAUCCGUUUCUUCGCUUAUUUCUAAAUCACGCAACGUGUCUAGAAAUUAAGGCCAAAAUUUGAGAAUCACUGUCCUGAACAAUGACAAUACUUACCUGUCUUUGUCUCUUGCAUAGUUAGGAUGCAUUAUUCUAUGAAAUGGAGUAAUAAGUAUAAUAAAUUAGAUGUAGGUUCAUCAUACACAGUGAAUUUAUAAGAUACAGAGGAAUGACACCAGAGUCCUCAGGAAUGGGAACGCAUGGGGGGUAUCAUUGACGAAACAGUAUACUCUGUUAUAUCCAUGGUACUGCUCAUGUCUAUAGGCGACGGUUACCACUUUCCAUCAGGUGGGCCGUCAGUUUGUUUGCCAUUCUAAGUUGUUAAAAAAUACAGUUAUUCUAAAGUUAGAAGAUAUUAUAAAAUUUUUGAUCAUGACCAGAGUGGGAAAUAUAUUUGUGGUAUUAAAAGCUAACAAUAAAACUGUAGGUAGGCACGAUAAAUGUAAAUUACUGCGUUUGUUUGAUUACUUCUGAAGACUGUAUUUUUAUUUUUAAUUGACUUCGAAAAAUGUAGAAGUCUACAAUUCGACUGUAUUAUUUGUCAGUUGUGUUUUGUUUGUUCAACCCAUACUAUUAUAUUAAAAUUGAAAUAGGUUUUUUUUCGGUAAUAAAAGUUUAAAUUAGGUUAAAUAUAUACAUACAUUCCACACGCGCUCGCGAUGCAUUUGCCAUAAAAUUACCGCAAUAGUGUGUAGUUAGGUAUUAUGAUUUUCAUAUUUACAGGACAAUACAUUUCUGUAUGAUAAUUAUGAACUGUAAUAAAUUUGUACUUAUGAAAA